AUGCAGCUGGUGGCAUUUACUGUUCUCUCCUCCACUCUGCUGCUUCUAGCAGUGAUCCCUUCUGUGUAUCUACAGCCAGAUUGUUCUCAAGCCGAGUCAUGUGACCUGUGUGUCGGCGAUUCCAUGCUCAACCUGACAGGCUGUGUCUGGAGGCUUUGUCCAAAUGGCAAUGAUACAGGCAUGUGUGUGACCGAUGAAGGGGAUUCGGCAGACAACGGCAUGAACUGUAGCUGGACCAGAGUGUCUGAAUUGUGCACAGUUGUAGAGACUGUCGCUGCGGGAGGUGGUGAAACCGUUUCAGGUGAUGACAGCAACACCAACUCCUCCCCCGAGUUCUCCCAGGCCAAGUUCGACAUGUCCAGCUUCAUAGGCGGCAUCAUACUCGUGCUAUGUCUGCAGGCAGGCGGAUUCUUCGCCAUGCGCUUCCUCAAAUCCAAAGAGCAGAGCAGCUACGACCCCAUAGAGCAGCCACAGUGAAGACAAGAUAAAUGACGGACAAGCAGACGGUGCAGAGAAGGACAGCAGAACGGUGACUCAUCUGGUUAUGACGACAAGAUUUUUUUCCCUCUCCCUUUUUCCCCCUGUCGUUUUUUUGGUCUGGUCCCUGUGUGUACCCCCUGGGGGAUGGGUGUGUUUGUACGAGGACAUAUUCCCAAAAUACUGCAUUGUGUAACAAGUGUCUGUGCAUGAGCUCACUGCAGUAUUUACAGUUCACGAUCAGUGUGUUAGAUGCACGA